ACAUACCGUCCAUCCACACACACACGCGCGCGCGCACAGCCACGGCGCAGCGCAGACUGCCCGUCCUCUUGCUUCCUCGCCGCGUCCGCCGGAGCGCAGAUUGCCCGUCCCCGCCCACCCCACCACGCGAAUCCCGGGCCGUCCGUCCCCAUCGCCGCCGACCCGUAGCAGACUACCCAUCCAGGAUUUCCGACCCACCCUCCUCCCAACCCAGAAGCGUCGACGACCCGCUCCGCUCCGUAUAAACAAACAAGCAAAUCGACGCCGCCUCCUCCUCCUCAUCCCCCCCCUUCAUUGCCUCAUCCCACCAGAGGCCCUGCGCUGUGCAGCAGCAGCAGCAGCGCAUUUGUCGGCUCCGCUCGCCUUCAACCGCCGGAAGGAGAGGGCGGCAUGAGGGACGACGGGCCCGCGGCGGCGCUGGUGCCGCGCCUGGCCGUCUCCAGCGCCAGCCGCGUCGAGGAGCUCGAGCGCUUCUCCCAUUACGUCGCUAGGCAAAUCGGGUUCGACCACGCCAGCGAGUGCCCCCACCUCUGCACGCUGGCCUACGACUACCUGCGCAAGAACAAGGGCUACGAGGAGAACAUAUUCGCCUUCUUCCAGCACACCCCGGACCCCGAGUCCCUCGUUGUCAAGUUCAUCGAGGAGCUCGACAAGUGCAUACUCGGCUACUUCUCCUUCCACUGGAAGUGCUCCACCUACAUGAUCACCCAGGUUCUGACGGUGGAAGGCGCGCCUAAAAGAAAGCUCAGGAACAUGGUGCUGGAGGCCACUAGGAGUCAGAGAUUCGAGAGGGUCACAAGAAACUUAAAGGUAACCAGGCUAUUCUCCACACUGGUGGAAGAGCUGAAGGCCAUAGGACUAUCUCCCCCUGAUCAGGCACAAUGCAGUGAUGUGAUGGUCCCAGUAGCACAUUGCGAUCGCAGCCCGGUCCUACUCCUGAUGGGUGGUGGGAUGGGAGCUGGCAAGAGCACUGUACUUAAAGAUAUACUCAAGGAACCAUUUUGGUCUGGAGCCGCAGCAAAUGCAGUGGUGGUGGAGGCAGAUGCAUUCAAGGAAACCGAUGUUAUAUAUCGAGCUAUCAGCUCAAGAGGCCACCACAACGACAUGUUGCAGACGGCAGAGCUGGUACACCAGUCAUCGAUGGACGCUGCGUCGUCGCUCCUGGUGACCGCCCUGAACGAAGGGAGGGACGUGAUCAUGGAUGGCACGCUAUCGUGGGAGCCAUUCUUCCAGCAAACGGUAGCCAUGGCAAGGGCCGUGCACCGGCAGCGGUACCGCAUGGGCGUCGGAUACAAGGUUACCGAAGACGGGUCAAUCACUGAGGAUUACUGGGAGCCGGUUGAGGCCUGCAGUAUCGACGAAGAGACCGAGAUGAGAUCGAGGAAGCCUUACCGCAUCGAGCUCGUCGGUGUUGUCUGUGAUGCAUACCUCGCAGUUGUUAGGGGAAUCAGGAGAGCGGUGAUCACGGGGAGAGCGGUGAGGGUGAAGUCCCAGCUGCAGUCGCACAAGCGAUUCGCCACGGCGUUCCGUGGAUACUGCGGCGUCGUCGACAACGCGAGGCUCUACAGCACCAACUCCAUGGGCGCUCCAAAGUUGAUAGGGUGGAAGGACGGCGAGAGCAACCUGCUGGUGGACCCGAAGGAGAUCGGCUGCCUGGAGAGGGUGAGCGGCCUGAACGACGAGGCCAACUGCGUGGACGAGCUCUACCCGGAGGGGGAGCCGUCGCCGUCGGCGUGGCAGGACCUCGUCGCGUCGCCGUCGAGGGCGUCCGUGCAGCGCGAGCUCAGGGCCGCCGUCCAGACGAGCGAGGCGCGCUUCCGGGCGGCGUCGCUGGCCGACGGUGCCCUCCGCGGCGGCGACGCACCGGUACAAACUUUUUGAGCCCGGGGCGUGCGUUUCAUCCGUACGUGCCUGUCCGGGUGCAAUUUUUCUCUUGGUCCUUUUCUUCUUCCUCUCGACACUGUAAGGCUGGGCUUGGAUGAUUGGGUUGAAUGUGGCUGGUUAACUGGUGCUGAAUGGUGGCUCGGGGAAAAGGCCGUGCUUUCUACGAUCGACCAUUGUGUCGAAUUGGAAAGAAGAUAGAGAGGCUCGUGUCCUUUUACCA